UGAGUAACGUGUGAGUUUUUUAAUAUAGUGGUGAUAUUAACACAGUGUAUUUGUACAAGUUAGAAUAAGUAGUAGUAAAACACAUUGAAUUUUGAUAAAAUUCAUUUUGAUAACAAACACUUUUUAACGGUUAUUGUAAAAGAGAUAUUAAAUAAUAAAAGUAACGAGGUGAUUGAUUUACUUUGAUUACAAGCACGAUCACCUAGCAUAAUAAACGAACAACACAGAUAAUUAAAAACAGCGGUAAAGUAAUAACAUCGGUAAAAACAACGAUAAUACAACGUGAUUUUAAAGUUCUUUAAAAAUAUACACAUAAAUAUCUUAGAUACCGUGCCAUAAAAAGCAUAUAAAAGUAUCGAUGUUUAAAUGUAAACUGCAAAGAUAUUCAAUUGAAUAUACAAAUCAUUCAUUGAUUUUUAUUAAUUAUUAAACAUACAACGUCAAAUAGUGAACUUUUGUUCAUAAUUCCCAUAUAAUAUAAUGAAUGUUUUGAUAUGAUUAUUCAAUAUAGUAUGCCAUAUUUUGGAAAUGGAAUACAAGGAAAUUAUUAUUAUAUCAAAAGGGAUUCGAUUAGAUAAAGAAAAGAAUUAUUGUUAUUCUGGCUAUCGUUUUCCUAGCAAAUGGCCAUGGCUGAGAAUUCAGAAAAUGAAAAGUACCCUUUACACAAAUGCAUAUUUCAAGGUGAUGUUAAAACUUUAAGUUCUUUAAUCAGAACUUAUAAUAUUGCUGAGAAAGACAAACAAGGAAAUACUCCUUUACAUUUAGCUGUUAUGUUAGGAAGAAAAGGAUCAGUUCAACUAUUACUUGCACAUGGUGCACCUGUAAAAGUGAAGAACUUAGCUGGAUGGAGUCCACUUGCAGAAGCAAUUAGUUAUGGAGACAGACAAACCAUAUCGUCGUUAGUGAGAAAAUUAAAACAACAAGCUAGAGAACAGAUGGAAGAAAGAAGACCAAAUUUAGUUGCAACAUUACGUCAAAUGGGAGACUUUUAUAUGGAAUUAAAAUGGGAUUUUCAAAGUUGGGUACCACUUGUGUCUCGAGUGCUUCCUUCUGAUGUUUGUAAAAUACAUAAAAGUGGAGCAUCCAUUAGAAUGGAUACUACUUUGGUAGAUUUCAAUGAUAUGAGAUGGGAAAGAGGUGACAUAUCAUUUAUUUUUAAUGGUGAUCAAAAGCCAAGUGAAUCAUUGGCAGUACUUGAUAAUAAAGCUAAACGUUAUCAGAGAGUUGGAUAUGAGGAAACAGAAUUAGAGAUACAAGAUGAAGUUGAUAUUCUUAUGUCAAGUGAUAUCAUGGCAGCACAAAUGUCCACAAAAAGUAUUACACUUUCAAAAGCUCAGACAGGCUGGAUAUUUCGUGAAGACAAAAGGGAGAUGGUAGGGCCUUUCCACGCGGACUUUUACCAAAUCAACGGAAUGGUUUUGGAAAGUAGAAAACGACGAGAACAUUUAAGCGAGGAAGACUUACAAAAGAAUAAGGCUAUUAUGGAAUCAUUAACAAAAGGAAGUUCACAAGGAUUUGCUAAUGGAAAGCCUCAAGUUCGAAGAGCUUCUUUAAACCCACCACCAAAGUCAAAUAUUACUUGGGAAGAAUAUGUUACGGCUCCACCUGGUCAAUGUCCACUUCUUGGAAGAAAUCUUGUUUACAAGGAAAGUAGUAAAUCAUUUAAAGCAACAGUUGCCAUGAGUCCAGAUUUCCCACUAACUGUUGAUAUGUUACUCAAUGUUUUGGAAGUAAUAGCACCAUUCAAACAUUUUAGUAAAUUACGGGAAUUUGUCCUAAUGAAAUUACCACCUGGUUUCCCCGUAAAAAUUGAUAUACCUAUUUUACCUACGGUAACAGCAAAAAUCACUUUUCAAGAAUUUGCCUUUCGGAAUGAUAUAGAUCCAAAGCUAUUUCAAAUACCACCAGAUUACCUUGAAGAUCCUAUGAGAUUUCCAGAUUUAUGACAGCUCUGCAUAUUGAAGAUAACUCAAGUCAAUUAUCAUAUUAAAGAAGAAAUCUUUUUUUUUUCAAAGAGCAAUUUGAAGAGAAUUAUUUGUUUAUUAAACAAAAAUUUUGUCAAACAUAUUGCUGCCAGAAAGGCCUCCUAAAAAGUUAUAAAAUACACUUUAAAGAAAGAUUGUUCUUUUGAAUAUGAGAUACAAUGAGUAUUUUUGUUGAUAAAACUGCAUAGUAAAUUUGAAAGAUAGCAUACUUUAUUCACAAAUUUGUAUGCUACAACAUGGAAACAACAUAAUAAACUUAUGCACAUUACUAAGAUAUACACUAUACAUCACAAAGUGCAUAAAAAACAACUUAUACAUCUCGCUUUUUCUUAGCUUCAGUUUUGAACCUUUUUCCAUAUUUAGCAAUUAAUAUUUAGAAGAAUAUUUUAUUCAUGAAACAGUACACAGUAUUUAUUUACAGAGAGAAUUUUUAUCUCUCUCUUGUAUUUUUAAUUAGUAAAAUAUAUUUGAAGCGAAUAAAUUCUUUCUAAAUAUGACGGCCAAACGAUGCCUCUAAUUUCAUUUCUUUACAUGGACUACUUUGUCAUUACCACUAAUCCCUGCUAAAAUGAAACAAAGGAAUUUAGUGGUAUUACUUUAAAUGGGGCAUUCUGCACACACUUAGUAUUUUGCCAUUAAUCUAGAAUUGUAAUACUAUAUAGUACAUGUGUUGAGUUCAAAAAUUUUUAAAUAAAGAUUCUAGUAAAUCAUAA